AUGAAUAACAUGUCAUUAUUGAUUAAUAGAGUCCAAGAUUUAGAACGACAAGUGUUAUUAUACGAAAAUAUAGCAACAAACUUAUCAGACGAUCUAGAUAAACAUUUUAAAAGACUAGAAAAUAUUAUUUCUUCUCAACAAUCACAAAUUAACGACUUAAAUAAGUCAUUAUUAAAUAUUUUGGAUAAAAAAAAUCUCCGGACCCCAAAUAAAAAUAUAAUGAAUACAAAUAUGAAUACCACUGGUGGUGUAAGUGUCAAUACAAGUAAUUCGACAAGUCUCUCCAAUUCGAAUAUUACAACACCAUCAUACAAAUAUUCUCCACCACAAAUGCCAACACUACGUCACCAUUCAGGUCCUUUAAUGGCACCAACUGUUCCAGUCCCACUUCCACACCAACCACUACAGAUCUUGCCGCAGCAACAACAACAAUUGAUAGAUCCGUACUCCAGUGUCGGUGCAGCAACGGGAUCCGGAGCGGGCUCAGUUACAGGAUCAACAACGCCAUUAAUUGUUAAUCCAAUAAUAUCAACAACUGGACCACAGCAACAGCCACCCUCCUCUUCUUCAUCAUUAUCAUCAAACCCACAUCAACAACAACAACAACAACAACAACAACAACUGCAGCAAGAACAUAAAAAUAUUUUGGUAAAUCAUCCAUUAUCGUUUCGUUCUCAUUCAAAUGUCAAUAUAAGUAAUACUAAUCCCGGUUCCAAUGCUAACACAUUAUUGCUACGGCCUUAUAUUCCUGGAUCGUUGGGGAAUUCCUCAAAUAUGGCACCUCAACUGCCAUUAGCAUUGGAUAAUCAUAAUAGCAAUAAUAAUAAUAAUAAUAAUAAUAAUAAUAAUAAUAACAGGCAUAUUAAUAAUAAUAAUCAUAAUAAUAAUAAUCAUAACAAUAAUAAUAAUCAUAACAAUAAUAAUAAUAAUAACAGUAGCGAUACUAGUCAUAGUCAUAAUCAUAGUCAUAAUCAUAAUAAUCCUAGCAUUACUAGUAGUGAUAAUAAUAAUAACCGUAGAAGUACGUCGCUUUCUACUGUCAAUUUACAAACAAAUAACAAUGGUAGAUUGGGCUCUCGUAACUCCGCUCCUAUGGUAGUUAUGACAAAUCCUUCCAAUAAGAUUCAAUUCCCUGGCAAUAGCGGCAAUUAUAUCCCCACUUCGAGCCUAAUUUCAAAAAGUCAUUCAAACCCACAUGCACACCCUCAUAUCCAACAAAACCCAGGCCUACAUCCUUACCCCAACAAUGCUGGGGCAAUCCAUUAUACAAAUGAAGAUCACUUGGGUUUUGUACAAUUACCACAUCUCCAACAAUCUAUAAUUGUUAAUCCACAUACUACAACAAAUAAUUCUUUAACUAAUGUUGAGACAAACAUUAAAGGCGGUAACGGCGGUAGCAACGGCCCUGGAAAUACCAACAUAGGACUUGGGGUAAAUCACCACCCUUAUCAUCAUCAGCGUCAUCAACAACAACAUCAACAUCAUACAAACAGUAAAAAUCCAAGAACCAUUUAUCAUGGUAAUUUUGAAUUCAUUAAAUCUCCGCAAACGGUGUUGGAGAUUUGGAAAGAAUAUACAGAAGGGUUCCAUGGACAACCUUCAAUUAAAGAGAUGGAAUCGAUUUAUAAGACCGGUUGGAGACGAGACCCCGCUGUUAAUAAAAGGUAUGCAAGACGUAAGGUUUUGUGGAAGGCAAUUGAAAAUGGAAUAGCUAAGGGAUUUUCCCUUGAAUAUAUUGUUCAAAUGUUGGAAGAUCAUAGGUACACCGAUAAAUCAAAGGGUAUAAAAGAACCAAUUGGCUGGUUAUGUCAGAAAAGUAGUAUUCCGGAAAUUUUCAAAUAA